GCGCUGUCUUACAACAAAGCCAAGGAAUCUCGCUGCUGAGGGUUCUGUGCUUUAUUAUGAAGAAUAAUGGACAGCGAUGACGCAAAGCUCAAAGCAGAAAUAGAAGCUGAAUUGGAUAAACUCAGCAUUUCCUCCUUGGAAAAAGAGGACAUUGAGAAUGAUUCAAAAUCAGAAACCCAGAGUGAUGAUAGUGAUACAGAUUCAGUUGAAUUACCAGAAUCAGUUCUUCAUUGUAUUAACAUCAUAAAGAACAGGAGUAAAGCUGUUGAAGAGCUCAUUCUUCAGGACCUGGAAGAUACUGAUAUUUUGAGCUGUAGUUAUGGAGCAGUUUCUAAUAAUCAUAUGCAUUUAAGGACAGGACUAUCAACUGAAUAUGAAGAGAGUUCAGAGCAAUUAAUUAAGAUAUUAUCUGAAAUAGAAAAAGAAGAAUUUAUGGGAAGUAAAACCGAUUGUGCCAGUCCUGAUUUUGUUCCUGAGCCUAGUCCUCAUGACUUGCCUGUGGAUGAACGUGUUUUACCAGAUGAUGCUGAUAUAAAUUUUGGAUACUGUGAAGUGGAAGAAAAAUGUAGACAAUCUUUUGAGGCUUGGCAAGAGAAACAGAAGGAAUUAGAAGAUAAAGAGAAAGAAACUCUUAAAGCUCAGAGGGAUAGAGAAGAAAAACAAUUUCAAGAAGAAGAAGAAAAGCGACAUUGCUGGAUGAAACAAUUUAAAAUUGAAAAGAAGAAAUUAGAGAAUAUUCAGAAGCAAGAACAGGACAAGAUGAAUGAUGAACUCUAUAAAGAAGAGAAAAUUUGGAAAGAAAAGUUUAAACAGCAUGAGGAGUAUAUUAGAAACUUGCAUUUACAAAUGGAAGAAGAAAGAACAAGAUUUAAAGACCAACAAGAAAAAGAAAAAAAAUGUUUGUUAAAACAGCAGAAUAAUGCAGCUGUUAAAAUUCAAGCUAAAUAUAAAGCAUUUGUAGCCUAUCAAAAAUAUGGCCCAAUUAUUAAAGAGCAAAUUGAAAGUAAGAAAAGGAAAGCAAAAGAGUGGAAGGAAAAGGAAGCAAAAAUACGGCAGAAGGAGGAAGAAAAUCGAAAAAGAUUACAGGAGGAACAAAGGAUAAAAGAAGAGAGCAAAAAGCAAAAGGAAGAGGAAAGGAAAAGGAGAGAAAAAGAAUAUGAAGAAAAAAAGAAUAUUGUGAAACAAGAAAGAGAGGAACUAAUAAGAAAGGAAAAAAUAAUAUUAAGAGAAGAUGCAAGCCAACAGCUAAUAAUAAGUAGUGCAUUAAAGAAGAGAGGAUAUAAUAACAAACAUUCAAGUCUUGAAGAUAUUUCAAAUGAUAAGGGUGAUAUAGCCAAAAAUCUAGUGCAUGAAAAUUCAAAGAAGCAGGAAGAUGUUCUCCUUUGGCUGGUUGAGGAAUCAAAUAUGAAAGAAAACGUAGAGAGACAGACUAUAUUAAAAGAAUCAAUACAAGUAAAAUUAAAAGAAUCUAUAUCAAGCCAAACAAUUCUGGCAGAUUUUAAAAUGGAAGAAAAAAAUGAAAACCUAGCAAAAAAACAAUGUUCAGAAGAAUUGGCCAAGCAAGAAAGAAAAUAUGAAAAUAUAGAUAACAAAACUGAAUUGGGAAACUCUGAUCUAAAAGGAAAUCUGAAAGAACAGUUUCUGCUGCAAGAAUUAAAGUCUGAUGCACAAAAAGAAGAAAUCAUGAAACAUGUCAUAAAUGAGAAUACAGGACAAAAAACCCAGAUAAUAUUAGGACAUAACCAAGAAAUCAAUGAGGUGAAAACCAAUGAGGCACAGAAAAUAAUCAAAGAUAUUCCACAGAAAAAGAUACAAAAAGUAGAAAAAGAAGAGAUACAAGAACAGAAUGGAUUAUUAUAUAAAGAUAAGGAUACUUUAGUUAUUUCAAUGAAACAAAAAUCACUCUCACUAACAUCAGAAAAUUCCGAAGAUGUAGGAGAAAACGUAAUAUUAGAAGAAAAAGAAAUUUAUUCAAAAUCCAAAGAAAUUGAGGACAACCCAAAAGACAAUGCUUGGAAUAGAGGCAUUGUCAUUUUUAACACAACUGAUACCAUGAUAGAUAUAGAAGGCAAAAGAAAUGACCAAGAUUAUGUGUUAGGUAGACAUGCUCCUUGUGAAGACUUGAGUGACUAUAAUGCAGAAAGCUCCAUGGUAUCUAAAGAAGUAAAUGCUCUUAAAUCUGAGAUUAGAAAAAUUUCAGAAAAAUGCCAUGAAAAUGGACCUGAACCUGAAAGCAUGACCUGCUCUGUAUCAGAGUCAACCCUUCUAUAUUCUAUUGAAGAAAAAAGACUAGCCUGGAUAAAAUCAUUUAAACCUUGGCUUGAAAUUUUCAAGCAAAAUCAAGAAAAGAAAAUUGUUAGAAGAAAGAGACCUGUGAAAUGCCUAGCCAACAUGACACCCGCUUUGGAUAAACUGGAAAUUCUUCGAUGUGGCCCUUGGGAUACUCUACAGCAGGUUACAACAGUUACAUUUCAAGAUUUGCCAGGCUGUGGUCUCUCUACACUGGCAGAGUGUACAAAUCUUCAGUUUCUAUCCCUUCGACGCUGUGGAUUAACUUCUUUGCACAGCCUGAGUAAUUGUAAAAAACUUAAGUACAUUGAUGCACAGGAAAACCGUAUUGAGGCGAUUGAGUGUGAAAAUUUGGAAAAUCUCUGUGUUGUUCUUCUUAAUAAAAAUCAACUGACUUCUCUUCAUGGUUUGGAUGGCUGUACUAAUAUUCAGUGUCUUGAACUGUCACAUAAUAAAAUUACUCGAAUUGGAUAUUCCUUCUUUCUGGAAGAAAACCUUGUUGACAAUACAGGGGUCUGCCAUCACUUGGGCACAUCCACUUCUUACUUAUCCCUCGCACAAGUCUGGAUUCCAACUGGAUUAUGUUGGUCCCGGAUAUCUAUUACUUCACUUACAAAAAAUUCAGAUUGUAAUUUCCUUAUCUCCCACUUAUACUGGAAUUGUGGUUUAGAAUCUUUGAAAAAUCUUCAACAACUAAUUUUGGAUCACAAUCAGUUAAUUAGUACAAAAGGUCUUUGUGAUACACCUACCAUUGUAUACCUAGAUUGCUCCCAUAAUCAUCUUACUGAUGUAGAGGGCGUUGAAAAUUGUGGAUUGCUCCAAAUAUUGAAGUUACAGGGAAAUUAUCUGAGUGAGCUUCCAUCCUUGGAGAAUCUUGUUUUACUAAGAGAAUUGCACUUGGAUGAUAACAGCAUUUCAACUGUGGAAGCAUUUUCUUCAUACUGGCUGCCUUUACUACAAAAUAUUACUAUCUCUCAAAACAGCUUGACCAAAAUUGUACCACUUUUUCAUUUUGUUUCAUUGGAAAAGCUAGAUGUCAGCCACAAUUGUCUUUCUGAUCUUAAAAGUGCCAUAAAAUGGUUUGAUGCAUGCUAUUCUCUCCGUGAAUUGUCUCUCACUGGAAACCCACUUCUUCAAGAAACAAACUGGAGGGAUUCUCUACUUAAAGUGUUGCCUGCUCUGAGAAUCCUUAAUGGCAAUAUGCUAAACUCUAAUUCAGAAAGCCGCACUGAAGAACACAAUCAACUGGAAUCAGCAGGUUUCCUUGCACUUUGUCAGUCUCAGAUUCGAGAAUUCAACUUGCUAAUUGAAAAUUAUAUAACUGGAAAAGGAGAUGUAUUUACCUUGGAUACUGCAGAAAACCUCUGUCAUUAUUUUAAGAAAUUGAUGAUACUUAGUACUGAAUACCGACAUGCACACGAACGAGGGGAUGUAAGUAUCAUGAAGAAAGAUGAAUCAGAAGCCCAGAAAAAUCAUUUGGCCCCUAUAAACAGUGACAGCACUCUGCAAAAUGGAGUCUUCUACUCUUGUGCACAUGAAGGUAAUCCAGACUCACCAGAUAUUCCUGAGAAAUUGAUGGACUCUGUCUCCAGCCACUCCCCAUUAAGCAACUCCUCCACAUGUGAAAAUAUGGAAGGAAGACAUCAGGAAAUAUUAGUAUGUCAGAAGAGAGAAGACAGCAAGGCAAGCAGUAUUCCCACCAUGAGAAGCCCAUUUAAGGAAGUAGUAAUGACAAAUUCUUUGCUGAGGAAUCACCAAAAUAUUGAGCCUAGUGAAAAAAUUAUGGCAGCUGUUGUAAUCCAGUCAUACUGGCGUGGUUACCUCAUGCGCAGACAGAUUCAUUUCUCCACAAGGCUACAUACUGCUGCAACAGAAGGCCUGCCAAAUUCUUCCAUCAAGAAUCAGACAAUUUUAAAGAAAAGAAAAAGAGAAAAUAUUGUCAAUAUCCAAAAACAGAGGGAGAAGGCUGCUAUUCUUAUUCAGGCAGUUUGGAAGGGCUUUAUUUUGCGAAAGAAACUGACAACAGCUCUAGAGGCUAUUAAGAAUGAAGAAUCCGAUGAAGAAUACAGAGAAAUAGAUUUAGAGGAUUUUACAUUUGAUGAAGCUGCCUUAGAAGAAGAAUGGCUAGAAUUAGAUUCCACCCGCUUCCCUUCACAAACACUGCUUCUUUCAAACCAGCUGCAUUGGCCAAAGGUUCCUGGAAACUUAAAAUGGGUUGAUACUUCAUUUAAUUUACCAAGUAAUCCAGCUCAAGCAUGGUUAUGUAAUGACAAAGAAAAUUUGUCUUCUUCAGAACACACACAAUUUAAUAGCAGAUCAGAAGAUAAAACUUCUUCCUGGUCACCUGAAUCAAAGACCAGUAGAAAGAGUUUGCUAAAAUCUGAAAAAGAAAAAAAAAUUUCAGAAGAAUGGGGCUUUAAGGAUAUUUCUACUGCUCAGCAAAUGUUGAAGAGGGCACAGAAAAUGAAAUCAAAGAAACUAAAGAAAAGAAUAGAUUCCACUGUGCGUCUAGCCUUAUUCAAAAACAAUGAAAAUAAAGUGUCUGUUCCAAAAUCACCAGAGAAGGUACAGCCAAGAAGAGAUGGUUACUUUGAAGGUAUAGAAGAAGACUCUAUCCACAAAGAUACCACUGCAAGUGAAAAAUUAGAAAGGAAUAGAGAAUACAGAUACCAAUGGCUUCACACACAGGUUGGGGUUCAUGAAACGACUAGUUCCAGAAAUAUGAAAUGCAAUCACUUUUUGCCUGAGUUAGAUCCAGAUGUACUUAAUGGUGGAAGAGUUCAGCUUGUGGCAAGACUUGUAAGCAGAGAAGACACGGAUUUAGGCCUUUUUUCCGUGACCAGUGGAAGUGCUUUGUCUGUGAACAGAGAAAAAAAAAAUCAGGCACACAGACACUCAGCAGGAUCUUCAAGUAAGUUGUGGUUUCCUUCAAAAUUAAUUUAGAAAUCACAAAUGAAUUGAUGGAACCUAAUGCCAACAAGCAUUCUUUUUCAGAUAGGGCGUAGGAUGCCAGCAACCUGAACUGCCGAAAAAUGUGUAUUUAAAUUUUUUCUUUCUUUAAAUAUCCUCUUUUGAUAUAAACAAAAUUAAAUUAUUUCUAAAAUUAACUGCAUCAGUUUUUAAUUGUAUUUGUAUUCGAUAUCUUCUG